AUGCCUGUCAGGCGUGCUACUCCAGUCGUUCAACCAUCAAGGCGCAAGUCUUCCAAGUCUGCUACUCAAGAUGCUUCGCCAGACUAUGUUCAGUAUGCCUGGCCAAAUGUUGUGCUUCCACUGCUCAGAUAUGUCCUGUCUGUCUUCUCGAUUGCUGCACAUGCCCUCAAGCCUCUUCUUGGCUAUACUUUGAUUGUACUUCUCAUGGCAGUUGGUAUGGGUGUCGCCAAGACUAUGGUGGUACAUAGCGUCACCAAUGCUCUAUCACCACUGUGCAAUAUUCCAGGAGCUGGCUAUUUCAACCUCCCCUUCUGCGACACUCGCCAUCAUGAUGGUCACAGAGGUCCCGUCGAGUUCGACAAGCUGGUCAUUACACAGUCAAAUUUCGAAGACAUCCUGGAAGCUUCUGUUCACCAAGCUGCUCUACCUCUGGCCAUGAAGAACUCUGAAUUGUCUAUUCGUGAUCUCCGUACAGUGGUCAGACACUCUAGCUUGGGUUCACGCAAUGAGCUUGUCAACGAGUUCGAUGGCUUCAUCGAGACAGCUCGCCAAGCCAGUGACGGUCUGUCGCAGUUCAACUCGAGAAUUUCGCGAGCUUUGGACGGUAUACUCUCUGCCAACCGCUGGACCAUGAAAGUAUUGCAAGGCAUCGAAGCCACGCCCGACUCCGAAGGCAUCAUUCCUCGCUUCUUCUCACAGUACCUGUCUCUGGCUACACCCCAAUACUCCCCUGAAGAUGUGAUCUACGAUCAGUACAUCCGUCACACCUCCGAAGUCGAAGAGCAGAUUCAAGUCUGCAUCUUGGAAGCCAACACCCUCCUCGAGGUCCUUGAAAACCUCGAUGAUCGUCUUCAUCAAAUCCAGGAUAUCGCCCAUCGGGAAGACCUCAAAGUCGGAGAUGCCAAAGCCGAGCUACUAGGCCUUCUCUGGACCAAACUUGGCGGCAACAGGGGCCCACUGGCCAAACAAGAGCAACAACUCGCAACCUUGAAUGAUGUUAGCAGAUACCGCAAGACUGCCAUGCAGCAUGUCAUCUCAACACUCGUCAAACUCAAGGAUAUCGAGAACAAUCUGAGCCAACUCAGGGAUGAUGUUGCUGCACCCACAAUCGUAGACAGGAAGAGAAUGCCUUUGGAGAUGCAUAUCGAUCUGAUCAGCUCUGCUGUUGAUCGAUUGCAGACGGUUAGGGAUGAGGGACGCAAGGAGAAGGAGAAGAUGCUGCAGGGCACUCUUCACCAGAUCAAUGAGCAUGCUGCUGACAGAAGAAUUGCGCAGUAA